ACAAUGGCACCACUACCUGAAGAGACAUGCGAAGGCUGCUUCAUCAAGAAGAUCGCCACCCAUAUAAGCUUUGGCGUCAUCGUUGGUCUAUUUGGCCUCAUGUUCGUGUGGUGGAUAUCCGGGCGCCUCAUUCACCAUUACCGCUACACACAAUCCCAACGCCGCCGAAACAACAAUCUGCCCCGUAGGAGCUACGACAGCGCCACCGAUCGCCUUGAGGCGGCUAGAGCCCAGCGACGCGCCGAGUUUGCAAUCUCCUUUGGGCUGGAUGCAGCUAACUUUGCUGUCGAGGAGGUUGAAGUUCCUCCUAGAGCCCUCCACCGCAGCAACGAGAGCUCGGACACACUCCCGAGGUACGAGGACAUCUUCUCAUCACAGGAGACGGAGACGGAUGGAGACGAGAUGCCACCUACGUACAUCGAACUGCGGCCAAUGGCUCCAAACCCGGAGCGUUGA